AUGACUGAGCAAUACGAAUCCGCCCUACAUCGAAUCCCAGGGGAAAUAUGGUCGAUAAUUUUGGAUGAAGCCAUCGAUCUCCACAAUCCACUCUUCUUCUCAACUACCUUCGAAGGGAGUGACUGGUCAGCAUACUCGAUCAGAAGAUCCUUUGAACAAGAAGAGGCACUACAAGAUCGUGCCGAGAUGCAGAGAAAGAUCAUCGGCUCCGUAUGCCGCUCAUGGCAAUCAUUCUCUCGAUCGAGACGUAGUCGUUAUGUCAGGUUAACAAUAGAUAGGGUUGGACUUCACUGCCCAGAACUUGUUAGGGGUUUCAAUUGGGAGAUU